UGGCUGCAGAGGGGAAAUGAUCUCAGGCAAGAUGGAUCCCCUGAGCUCCCUGCUGGAGCCCGGUUCCCAGCCGCGGGACGGAGGCAGCCGGUUCCCCCGGGGCUCCCCGGACAAGCCGCUGCCGGAGCCCCGCGAGCGGCAGGACCUGGGUCGGCCUGCCCUGGGCGAGGAGGGGAGCGGCCCGGCACAGGAGCUGGUGGUCGCUGUGGCUGGCUACCAGGCGCCGGUGGGGUUCGAGGAGGUGGCCGUGUAUUUCUCCCGGGAGGAGUGGGGGCUCCUGGACGAAGGGCAGAGGCAGCUCUACAGGGACGUCAUGCAGGAGAAUUACCAGACUCUGAUCUCGCUGGGAUUCCUCGUCCCUGUUCCGGCUGUGAUCCCCUGGAUGGAGCGAGGGGAAGAGCCGAGAGUCCCGGAUAUCCAGGGCUCCCAGGAAAGGGAGAACCUGAUGGUCAUUUGCACAGUAGGUGCUGGGAUGGAGGAGGAUAAUCCCGAUCAGGAAGGGGCUGCAGGAAGGGAGCCUCGUGUGAGUGCUGAGCAGGGAGAGGCCAGCGAGGCUGGACGGCAGCAGGAGACAGAGGUGAUAUCUGCGGAUGAGACGGACCUCAAGGUGGUGAUGGAGGACAACCAUGCCCAGGCUGAGGCGCGCCCCUACAGCUGCUUGGACUGUGGGAAGAGCUUCAGUCAGAGCUCCCACCUGGUCCAGCACCAGCGCACUCACACGGGCCAGAAGCCCUACAAGUGCACCGAAUGCGGGAAGAGCUUUGUCCUCAGAUACAACCUCAUUGAUCACCAGCGCAUCCACACCGGGGAGCGCCCCUACAAGUGCAGCCAGUGUGGAAAGGGCUUCAUCCGGAGUUCCCACCUCUUCCAGCACCAGCGCAUCCACACGGGCGAGCGGCCCUACCAGUGCACCAAGUGCGGGAAGAGUUUCAAAUGCAGCUACACUCUGGUGAAGCAUUACCACACCCACGUCGGGGAGCAGCCUUGCUUCUGCAGCGAGUGCGGGAAGAGCUUCAGCCUGGGAUCCUUUGCCAAGCACGUCCGCACCCAUACGGGCGAAAAGCCCUACAGCUGUGCUGAGUGUGGCGAGAGCUUCAUAAGCAGUUCCAACUUGAUCCAACAUCGGCGCAUCCACACUGGGGAGAAACCCUACAGCUGUGGCCACUGUGGGAAAAGCUUCAGCCAAAGCGCCAACCUCAUCAAGCACCGGCGCAUCCACACCGGAGAGAGACCCUACAGCUGCCCCGAGUGCAGCAAGACCUUCAGUCAGAGCUCGUCACUCAUGCGGCACCGGCAGAUCCACCGCAGAGACCAGCCUUACGAGUGCACCGAGUGUGGGAAGCGUUUUCGCUGCAACUCAUCCCUGAUGAACCACCAGCGCAUCCACACCGGGGAGCGGCCCUACAAGUGCUCCGAGUGCGGGAAGGGUUUCAUCAAUAGGUCCAGACUCACCAACCACCGGCGCACCCACACUGGAGAGCGGCCCUACAAAUGCACUGACUGCGGGAAGGGCUUUGGAGACAGCUCCGCUCUCAUGAAGCACCAGAGGACGCACACCAAGUAGACACUCAGCAGAUGGGGAGGGGGGCACCGGUGGCUCUCGAGAGGGUGAAAUUGACAUGUCCUGGGGAACAGGGGCCACUACAGAGGAGAACAUUGAUGUGACUUCCGGGGGGGGCUGGGCAGGACAUGGGCACCUUUAUAGAGAGUAAAUUGGCUUCCUCUCUUCCCACCCCCAUUGCUCAGCAAGACGAACCAAUUCAUCUCGGAAACCUUGGCUCCUAUCCACAAUGCAUGCCAAGUGCCCUAGAAGCCUCCCCCCUCCUCCCUUUCCAGUGGAUCAAGGUUCUGAUGGCCUCUGCAAAGAUCCCAAAAUGGCAGGAAGAGCUAAGGUAACUUGUCUAGCGUUGAUUUGUAGAGAGGAAAUAAGCAAACAUAGUGUGGUAUGGUGAUUAGGGCUGGGAGUCAGGACUCCUGGGUUCGAUCCUUAGAGAGGGGAAUGGGGUCUAGGGCUGGUAUCAGAGGGGGCUAGGAGAAUCAGGACUCCUGGGUUCCAGCCCCAGCUCGGUCACUUAGCCUCUCUGUGCCUCUCUGUGUACAAUGGGAAUGAUAAUACCUGGCUUUUUUCUACUGUGUUUUGAGAUUCAUAGAUGAAAAGUGCUUAUUAUUCUUUAUGUGGUGAGUAAUUCUCUAAGCCAGAAGUGGCUCUCAGUUGACCUGCUUUGUUCAUGCUCUGGGUUAGCUGUAGAGCAUAGAUCUCUAGGUCUUUUCUUAGUCUGGUUUGCAGUAAUUAAGAUCCACGAUUGAUAUCUCAUUUCUCUCAACCACCAGGAGAAGAAAUUUAAGGAGAUUCUGGAAAGGGAAAUAAAACUGGGGAUUGUGCCCUUCAA